AUGCCAUCUACAAGCUACCUGAAAGGAAGCUUUGCUCUCGACCUUCUCGGCUGUUUCCCUUGGGAUGCCAUCUACAAGGGAACGGGUCGCAUAGAGCUCAUCCGGUACUUUCUAUGGAUCCGCAUAUACCGAGCGAGGAAGAUCAUGGACUUUUUCAAGAAGGCCGAGAAGGACAUACGCAUAAACUAUCUAUGCACGCGGAUUGCGAAGCUGAUCAUGGUGGAGCUCUACUGCACCCACACUGCCGCAUGUGUGUUCUACUACCUAGCUACCACCGUGCCCCCGCCGCAUGAGGGCUCCACGUGGAUCGGGAGCUUAACAUUGGGGGAUUAUAGGUAUAUCAACUUUAGGGACAUGGAUUUCGCUACGCGAUACAUUACCUCACUCUACUUCGCCAUUGUCACCAUGGCCACCGUCGGCUAUGGUGACAUACAUGCGGUGAACAUGAGAGAGAUGAUAUUCAUUAUGAUCUACAUCUCAUUCGAUAUGAUACUUGGUGCGUACCUGAUUGGUAACAUGACUGCGCUGAUCGUAAAGGGGUCAAAGACUGAGAGGUUCCGCGACAAGAUGACCGAUCUUAUCAAGUACAUGAACAGGAACAAGCUUGGCAAGGAGAUCAGGUCCCAGAUCAAAAACCACCUCCUACUACAUUAUGAAAGCAGCGACACCAAAUAUAGUGUAGUUGAAGAUAUUCCAGUCGCCAUCCGAUCAAAGAUCUCCCAGACGUUAUUCAUGGACAUUGUACAAGAGGUCCAACUUUUCAAAGGGUGCUCAGAUGAGUUCCUAAAUCAGAUUGUGAUGAAGUUAAAUGAAGAGUUCUUUCUACCAGGAGAAGUAAUCCUAGAGCAAGGAAGUGCGGCCGAUCAAAUCUACAUCGUAUCCCAUGGAAUUUUGGAGGAAGUGGCUAGUGGAAAAAGUGGAUGCGAGGAAUCAAUCGCAGAACUGAAGCCUUAUGAUGUGUUUGGCGAUGUCGCCGUGCUAUGCAAUACUCAACAACCCUACACUGUUCGAGUUUGCGAGCUAUGCAAGCUUCUACGGAUUGAGAAACAGUCAUUAACGAGCAUCUUUCAACUUUACUUCAAUGACAGUCGCAAAGUACUUAGCAAUCUACUAAAGGGAAAAGGGACUGCUUUAAGAAUCAAGCAUUUGGAGUCAGAUAUCACAUACCUGAUUGCAAAGCAAGAGGCUGAGCUUGUAUUGAGAGUCAACAAUGCUGCUUAUCAUGGUGAUCUGUACGCUUUGAAAGGCCUCAUCAAUGCAGGAGCAGAUCCAAAUAAAAUCAACUAUGAUGGAAGAACGGCACUACAUGUGGCGACAAGCAAAGGACAUGAAGAGAUUGUGAAGUUCCUUGUUCAAAGAGGAGCUAAUGUCAAUUGCAUAGAUAAAUUUGGGAGCUCACCAUUGUUGGAAGCUGUAAAAGCUGGACAUGAUAGAAUUGCUGCUCACCUUGUAAAGAACAGAGCAAUUCUGAAUUUGGAAGAUAAUGGAAGUUAUCUCCGUAAAAUUGCAACCGAAAGUAAUAUCAGCACUCUCCGAAGAUUAUUAGAAUAUGGAGUUGAUCCAAACACCAAAAAUUAUGAUCUGAGGACACCACUUCACAUUGCAGCAGCAGAGGGACUACACCUUGUUGCUGCAGUAUUGUUAGAAUUCGGAGCAGAUGUUCUUUCUAAAGAUAGAUGGGGAAACACACCGCUCGACGAAGGACGGAGAUGCGGGAGCAAGCCGCUACUGCAGAUUUUGGAGCAGGCUAGAGCAAACCUUACAUGCAACCGAUGA